AUGGAGUCCACUUUACAGAAUGAGGAUCCCUCUCAAACACAGCCUGGAAUGUCUCAACAGGCUCAAAUGUUUCAAUAUGCUCAGCAAGCACAGCAAAUGUCAAACUUCAUGUCUGGGGUCGACCCAUACAUGGUGAAUGCUCACAUGAACGGUGGGUUUGCAGGUAAUACCAAUUCUGCCGGUCAUAACAACAACCAGUUCAUACAGGAUGGAUCUAAUCGAUCACAGAAUCAAGGUGCUAACAAUGGCAAAACCAAUGGUAAUCAGGAUAGCAACAUGCAGGCGUUCAUAUUCAGCCAGAAUGGCGGUGUUCCAAGCUCAAUACCAGUGGACUCGAGCAUACAAGCACAGCUUAAACAGUCUAAUUCACUUGGUGGCCAAAAUAUGACAGGACAGCCAAUGCAGAUGAAUAUGGCACAGCAUAAUGCAGAAAGAAUGCCUGUAUUUCCACCCCAACGGUUUGGAAUACAAAUGCCAACAUUUCCUAACGAUAAGCAAAGAAAUAGUGUAAUACAAUCACCCACUGCAGAUGGUAAAGAAAAUUCAAAUUCAAAUUUAAUAAAUAAUAAAUCUAAUACACUAAAGUCUAGUAUACAUGAUGAUAAUGAGAAACUCUCCGGUGGUAAAAAAAGCAUUAAUAAUAACGACACUACCACCAAUAAUCGUAUCAAUAACAACAAUAAUAAUGACACCAGUAUGAACAAUAGUAAUCCCGAUAGUGCGGGCGGUGCAACUAAACAAUUUCCAUAUUUUCUAAGAAAUGGAUUGUCGGCUAAUAGGAACAGUAUUCCAACUCCGUUCCCUACUAUGCCGCCAGGACCCCAAAUUAAGACCUCCAACAGUCCUGGUGGAAAUACCAAUCCACAAUUUGAUACUUCAAAAGUUCCUGCUGGUUUGUUUGCUUAUCCUGUCAGAAAAUAUCUUGCAAGCAUGGCUGCACUAAAAUUUCAUGAAUUAAUUAAUACUAUAAACAUGUCAGCCGGUCGCAUCACUGAAGCAUUAUACUGGAAGACAUUUAUAAACGAUAUGUUUACUCCUGAUGCGGUAUUAAGAUAUGCUAAGACCUCGUCUACGGAUUUUAGACAAUUUGAUUUUCUUAUUCCUUUGAUUCCCGUUAUUUUUGUAACAUUGGGCAAACUGGGUGUUAUCAGAAUUGAAAUGGUUAUUCAACAACUGAAAACUGAAGUUUUAAGUAAUGGAACCGUUUUUUUUGAUUGUCCAAAAUGUACUUUCACUUAUCACUAUCCAGAUGGAAGUUACAUUACCCAUUUUGUCCAAUUGAAAGGACUUUUCAACUCGAAUUUCAAGAUUGAAUGGGGUGAUCUCUGCAUGCACAGUUUUGUACCUGGUAUCGAAUGGAAUGCCUUAGAACGACUUGUGAGCGACAGGGCUGCGAGCUAUGAGAUCUUUCAAAAAUUAAGUAAUCCGGAAGGCGACGCUAAAGGUAAGAGUAAUAUUAAGAUUGAAAGUGAUAAUAAAAGGACGAUUAGCGGGAAUGGAUCGAAUGAACCAGAAUCCGAUCCAACCACAGCAACAGGAUAUAACGACGAUAAGAAAACGAAUACAAUUAUUCCAUCAAAUUUUGAUGCAAUUACCCAAUUACGUUCAUAUUUCAGUGUUUUCAGGAAUGUCUCAGUUUUUGGGUCACAAGAAGGUUUAAUGAGGGUCAUGCAAGUCAGCACAGUCAUGUCUGAGCUAAAAAAUUUGAAGGUACAUCAAAAGCUCAAUAACAUCCAAAGUCCACUUGAUGCACUCGUCUCUUAUGUAAAUGCACACAGAAAUGAGCUAAAUCAGCAACCAUCUGGCUUCAAAAAUGAUGUUCCCAAGCAUAAAGGACAACACAAUUGGAACGGUGAUCAUGUGCGUGAAAAGAUGACGCCAAAUAUGGAUCGUAACAGUGACUCUUUCAAUGCACAAAAUGCUGCCAUUUUUAGGACGCAAGCAAUGCCUGUCAGUUCACCAUAUUCACAACCCAAUGAGAAAAGACCACCGAUGAAGAGAAGACGAACCAGUGGCGUGUCACCUCUUUCUACAAGAGACAUUUCUACUCCGACAGACCUCAAUGAAUCUGUUGAAGCAAGUAAAAAGAAACAUAAAUAUUAG